CUACGUGUUCACUUAGCCUGAUACAAUAACAGUGUGACACAGAGGCAAUUUGAAGGUGCUGCAUAUGAGGGUUAGACUCAGGAAAUAAUAGCCUGGAAUUUAUUGUGGAGCUUGUCAAAUUUAGAUCUUUACUUCCAUUGGCAGGUGUGUGAAUAAACUAGAAGAAAAAGUGAAAGGGACAGCAGACGGGACAUACAAAUAAAGGAGCCAGGACAGUUUAAUGUGUGUCUAAGUAAAGUGGAAUGAAUAACCUUUACUCAACGUCACCAUGGUGAUCAGUGGGCUGGUCUGGUACUGUGCAGCUAUCUGGGACAAGAGAUAGGAGCAUAAGGAGCCUGUGACGGUUAUCCCCUCCCCUCCUUCACAUUCCCAUAGCGAACCCAGGCAGAGGAGUGAGAAACCCUCACUAUAUUGAAUUAGAGCCUAUGUGAAGUAGCGGCUUAAGGAAAAUUUGCUAGAGAAACACUACAACUGCUACUAGAAAAUGUCACAAAAGUCUAUCUUAGUUGAGUUACAAUUGGCCCAGAGGCUCAAAUAGUGUUACCGGAGUGCUAAAGGAUGGAUUGCAAAUCUUUGAACACAAUGGCUUGCUCUGCUGUGCCCAGUGGACUAGGGUUUACUUACUGGACAGCUUAUAUGGAUGUAUAAAGUCUACCUGAACCACAACUUUUUGAAAACUCACUUAGCACCAACCCGGCACUGAAGUCCUGAAAUUAAACCACUCCUGACAAUUGAUGGCCUGUCCUUGCCAAUGUCACUCCGAGAGCUCACUGUCCAUGCUCCUGUGUCCGGAGCCCACUCAUGUGAAGGCUGCGUUGGAAGUUCUGAGUAGGUCUGCUCAGGAGAGCAGAAAGCAGCUGGUGGUGGAGAUACUGAAGGUUCCUAAGAGAGAGCGCUACAUCAGGACACUAGAAUAUUUACUCAGCUCCACAGACUCAUGGCUUUGCAGUACUGCAGCCUAUCUUCUUGGAGUCCUGGUGGAGAGAGAGGAGGUUGUGCAGCAGCUCAAGGCCAAGGCUCCAAAGGGUAGCAACAGCCUUGUUGGGACUCUAGGGCAGCUCCUAACCAGACAUGAUCCAGACAUUGUAAUGAAUGCUGCUGGUGCCUUAGCCUCUUUGGUUGAGAGCUCGGCUGGACGUGGUUGGCUACAGAGAGACCAGGCUGUGUUUGGGCAGGUCUUGACCAGCCUGUUGACCCUGUUGGACCAGGGACCGGAGAGCAUGGUGAACUCUGCUGCCCUGAUCCUGGCCAGGCUGUCCCUGUGUGAUGUGGCCUGCCAAGGCCUGUUACGCCACCCCUCAGCCCCCAGCACCUUGGGCUGCCUGGUACAAUGCCUGGCACACAGCCAUACAGACACUGCUAUGAAUGCAGCCUUUGCUUUGGGUCGUCUGUGUGGAAGUGAAAGAGGCAGGAGUCUCAUUCUGACAUUUGCGCCAGAGUACCAACUGGUUCACAGUCUACAAGCCCUCAUGAGUGAGGUGGCUGGGCCAGAGGCAGGACAGACAGCCUGUUUUGCAUUGAGUUGCCUAGUAACAGAAGAAGAUGGACACGCUCUGGUGCUGGGUAGCCCAUCCCUUCCCAGCCUUCUUGAUGCUCUUCUCUACCGCUUACAAACAGAAGACCAGGACAGUGCCUGGUUUGCUGCCAUGGCAGUGAAAGUAUUUGUGUCGCGACCGGCUGGAGUGUUACACGUGCGAGAGCACAGGUCUCUGAGGGAGCGACUGAAGUCUCUCUCCAGCUCUCUCUCCAUUGGCAAGGAUCUCAGGGAGGAAGUGACCUCAUGUCUUCGGAAGCUGGAGCCACUUGUCAAGCCAUUGCCCCCGACAACUAGGCGCCUCCCAUCUGGGGCCUGCACUGUGUCAUGGGAGAAGUGUUUCCCUGAGAGUGGCCUAGAGGUCACUUACAGCCUUCUGGACAGAGAGACAGUUCUGUAUCGUGGAACCCAAUGUCACGUGACUUUACCAGUAUCAGUCCUCAACCCUGGACAUGAGUUCUCACUCCGACUGAUCCACUCUUCCGCUGAUGGAGACACCAGCCCCCGCAGCGAGCCUGUGCUAUUGGUCAUAGAAUCAGAGGAGACGGGGACAAGGCCUGGUCCUCCACAGAAGCUGCGCGUGAUUGGAUGCACAGCCUCUCAUGUGCGUCUGAGUUGGGUUGCGCCAGCAGGUGAGCUGAAGCCCCAGGUGUAUCAGCUGUAUCGUGGGGAAACACUACUAGAUACCACAACAGAGCUGAGGGCUGUAGUGGGUGGUCUGUCCCCGGGAACCCUUUUCCAGCUGGGUGUGUGCGCAUUGGGGCCUGGGGAAGAGGUGGGCCCCUGUGCGGAGGUGGAGGUCCGUACAGCCAAGGACCAGGACCACGCACCCAGCGGCCUGACCAUGGUGGUGCUGGGCAGGCAUGAGCUGCAGAUCAUGUGGGGGGCUCCCCUGGUGCCCCUGGGUCAUCUGUUCAACUACGAGCUGAGGCUGAACGGUCGCGUGGCUUACUUGGGCACGGCGCGUGCUCACACUGCCCGCCGUCUGGCCGCCAACACGGCCUACACCUGUACUGUAACGGCCAUCACCACCAGAGGGCGCUCUCAGAGCCAGUCUGUCACUAAGAGGACCGCUCGCGACGAGUACCCGUACACACAGAGGUGUCUGUACUCCUCCAGCCGUCAGCCUCCUCCUAAGACUCCUUCAUCACCCCCAUCAGUCACAGAGGCAACAGAGGUCAGACGAAAGGUCACAGAGAUCGGGGAAAAGGCCAAGAAACCCCACUCUGCACACGACCAUCUGACCAAGGUCCAUCUGUCCAGCAGGCGAUACAGAGGGACUGAUCACGACAGAGAGAGACACAGGUUACCCUCAUCUGAAACGAAGCUAUGUCAUAUGAGAGAUCAUCUUGACGUGUAGAUUUGUUGUGUGAUUUUAUGUCCUUUUCUUUUCCUUCCUCCAGGCAACCUUUGGUCUCCACUUCAUCUGCUGGCUGUGAAAGCAGCAAAAUGGAAUCAUCUGAGAUGAUGACCAUGGGGCUGGUGAAUGGAUAUGAUGCAAAGGCCUUAUGGAGGAGAGCCAAAGAGAGGGCAGGAGUAUCCGUCUGCCCUGCUGGGCUUCCAGUCCGGCCCCUGCUCCAUCUCCAGGCUAAGACUGAGGAAAACAUGCUUGAGAGGCAGUCCCACCGUGGCCUGGACCAGCCUUUAGACCCUUCAUGCCUCAGGGCCCAAAUAAGCCCAUGGAUGCUUCUCCAGUGGAGUGCUCUCAGAAGAGGACCUAGAGACAGAGGAAAACUCCCCUGUAUCCCCCAUCAUAUAGAUGUAGUGAAGUUAGUCCAUCCCAUUCCUCCCUCCUACCCACAACUGGACUGGACAGGAAACUAUAAAGACAAGCUGCUGAGAGACAGGACAAGGCUUUUGACAGGACCAAGAGUGCAGAGCGAAAUCAGAGGAAGACAUCCCCUAACAACAAACUGGACCAAGCUAAGCUGAUAAUGAUCCGUAGAGGAAAGCAUGGGUUUACACGGAACAAUCUAAAACAAGCAGAGAAUGGUGCUUAUUCAGAGAAUGGUGCUUCUUCAGAGAAUGGUGCUUCUUCAGAGAAUGGUGCUUCUUCAGAGAAUGGCGCUUCUUCAGCGAAUGGGUUUUGGGGGCUCGUCUCAAUGUCUCAAUACCAGUGAUUUUCAUAAAGACUGUGUGAAUGGAAAAAUGUAUUAAUCAACACUGUUACAGGCUUGUUAUUUAGUAUUAAUGACCGUUUUUUGAAAUGUUUUGUUUAUUUUGAUGCCCAUGUUUGUUUCAAAUCACUGAUGUUAAAUGAGUGAAACUCAAGUCAUAGAUCAUAAUUUUUGCAUCAAUCGUAUGGUAAAAAAGUAUUACUCAGCAGAAAAUAAACUAUCCCACCAAACAAAAGAUUUUUCUGUCCCCAAAAUAGAAUACAGUAAUGUAUCUCUCUCUUUACUCCUUCAACCUUUAUGCAACAUAUUGGUGGCCGCUGCAGCUCAGCUCAGAAGACACACAUUCUGUUUUGAAAUGUAAAACUGGAUGAUGAAAUUUAUUUUUUCUGCCGUUAUUGUCGGAUUAUCCAGCCUCGUCAUUUUUUUACUAGUGUGUGUAGUUGUGCCUGUGUUGUAACCAGAGACAUUUUAGAGGACAUAUUCAACAUCAAGCAAUCAUCUCAAUUUGGGUUGCACAUUUUGGGGAAUAUACAGAAGUGGAAACUUUCCAUGGGAAUUAUUGGGACUAUAUGGGAAUUAACUGAAAUAUAAGCAAAUUAAUAUUAAUACCAUUUAAAUGUAGAUGUUUUUUGCAUUGGAUAUAUUUACCAUAUCGAGACAGAAACAUAAACCUUUUACCUUGUCAUUAGUAGACAUAAUUGCAAAUUAUUAAAUCUUUCCAAUAGAAAUAAAAAAAACGAUUUAGUUACGAA